AGAUAGAGAGCAGGGAUUAAAAAAAAGAGAGAAGGCCGGGCGGGCGGUCUGGAGUGAUUCGCAAUCCGUCUCCAUCCGGAGCCCGGCGUGGCGUAAUUUAUCUUUUUCGUUCGCUAUCCAGACAGCGUCGGCCCGGAAGAAGGAGCCCGGAAGGAGGCACAUUUCAAGGGGUGCCUAAAGGAACCACCGUACUCAAUGACCUUCCAGCGAGAUGUCAGAUCGUUUGGGGCAAACUGCAAAGGGAAAGGAUGGAAAAACCAAGUACUCGUCACUCAAUUUGUUUGAUACUUAUAAAGGAAAGUCCUUAGAAACCCAGAAACCCACAGUCACCGCACGUCAUGGAUUGCAGAGUCUCGGUAAAGUUGCCGCAGCUCGGCGCAUGCCACCCCCUGCAAACCUACCAAGUUUAAAAGCAGAAAAUAAAGGCAAUGACCCCAAUAUUUCUUUAGUACCAAAAGACGGAACAGGAUGGGCAAGCAAGCAAGAAUCACAAGACCAAAAGAGUACCGAUGCAUCGACAGCUCAGCAGCCGGAAUUGCAGCUGCCGCCGGCUUCACAGACGUCUGGCUCCAGUCAGCUGAAACGUCCAGCAGCAGCAACAGCAGUGGUAGCAGCUCCACAGGAGGCCACCCCUUCAGUACAAAGCGGAACAAAAUCAUGGGCACAGGCGAGUGUUACACAUGGUGCACAAGGAGAUGGUGGAAAGGGAUCAAACCAACAGUCGCCAUUCUCUCGCGAGGAAUUUCCAACCCUGCAAGCGGCUGGAGAUCAGGACAAAGUUGGCAGAGAAAGGGACAUUGCAGAUCAGUCGUAUGGGCCAGGACCAAGCCUCCGCCCUCAAAAUGUGACCAGCUGGAGGGAGGGUGGUGGGCGGAAUUUGGGUGCUCCGGGUGGCUCUUUGAUCGAGGGGGAAACCAAAGAGCUAAGCCCAGAAGAAGCAGCAAGCUCUACAGCAUCCUCAGCCGACCAGAAGGUGACUGCAAGGAUGGCCGAACAACCACCUAGACCAGGGAUCGGUGUACCACAGCAGGCAGUUCCCCAACCGUACCCUCCACCAUUUAGGGGGAUGAUGCCAGCUUUCAUGUAUUCCCCAUAUUGUGGUUUACCGUUUCCUACGCCUUAUGGACCACAGGGACCAUACAGAUACCCACCACCCGAUGCCAGCAAAUUUCCUCGUGUACCAGGACCUCGACUUCCUCCACAUCCAACGCGGAUGUCCGAAGCAGUGAAAAGACCCUCCAUCCUCAAACAGGACGACUUGAAAGAGUUUGAUGAGCUUGAAAAUGAGACUGAUGAUGGAUGGGCUGGAGCACACGAGGAAAUAGACUACACAGAAAAACUAAAAUUCAGUGACGAUGAAGACGAUGAUGAUGCCGAAAAGGGGAAAUCUGAAAACUGGGAUGGCCAGACAAGUCGACCAGAUAGACAGGAGUUGCGCACCUCUGAGAACAAGAAGGAUCCCCCCUCAGAGGAGCAUUUGUCUGUCAAAGCGGGUCGAGGUGAAGGUCCGAUCUCUGCCCAGACUGAGUUGGGUCCGCUUGGGCCCCAACCACCCAGAGUUUCUGCGAGCUGGGGUCCUGCUGUGGAUCACCAGGGUCGAAGGACAGGCAUGUGCUCACCUCACGAGCAUCAGGUUGCUCAAGGUUCGUACAGCAUCUACAGGCAGGCCGCUUCCCCCAGCAUGCACCAGCAGGCUACUGUUCCCCAGGAAAAAGCUAACCCUUCCCUAGUUAAUCAAAAGGCUCCCGUGGGCGAAGAUGAAGAUGAGGCCUGGCGUCAGCGGCGCAAGCAGUCAUCAAGUGAGAUCUCCGCUGCCGUGGAGCGGGCACGAAAGCGGCGUGAGGAAGAGGAACGCCGCAUGCAGGAGGAGCGUCGAGCUGCCUGUGCAGAAAAGCUAAAGAGACUUGAUGAGAAGUUUGGCGCCUCCGAGAAACGCCAGAAGUCUGAGCAGGAGAAAGAAGAGGCUUCAGAGGAAAAAGAGAAUGAAGAGCCUGUGGGCUCCAAUAAACGGCAGAGAACAGCCAGCAGCGGCAGUUUUGAAAUGACGCAAGCUGAACCCCCACCUCCUCCCGAAAAGGAAACUGUUGAAGUGAAAGAGGAGGCAGGGGUGGUGAGAGUUGAGUCCAAGGUAGAAACAGUGGCACCGGGAAGACAACCUCCACCCUCCCAAGGCUAUUCCAAGUAUCAGAAGUCCUUGCCGCCCAGAUUUCAAAGACAACAGCAGGAGCAGCUUCUUAAACAGCAGCAGCAGUGGCAGCAGCAGCAUCAGCAACACCAUCAGCAGCAACAGCAUCAGUCUUCCCAGCAGGCCCCUCCGCAGCAACCAGCACAGCCGCAGCCUCUUGCCAUGGCCCCAUCGGCACCCAUGCACCCUCAGCAGCAGAAACCCAUGUACCCAGGCUCCAUUGGCCGCCCACCACCACCUAUGCCCCCGAUGGGUUAUGACCCACGUUGGAUGAUGAUGCCUCCGUACAUGGAUCCUCGUAUGCUACAAGGCAGGCCCCCUAUCGACUACUUCCCAGCUGGCGUUCAUCCUUCAGGUUUAAUGGCUCGUGAGCGUUCAGAUAGCGGUGGUUCUGGAUCUGAGCCCUUUGACCGACACCCUACAAGGGGUACGCCUCCUAUUGACCCCAAGUUAGCCUGGGCUGGGGAUGUGUUUCCACCAGCAGAGAUGCGACCUUUGCCUUCGCCAAUAAGACCACAUGAUGAAGAUGACAAAAGUUUGAGAAGUGAAACCCCACCAGUCAGACAUCGAGACACAGGACCACCUCAGUCCUUUGUGAGUGGUCUACAGGUUUCAGAGAGUGGACCUCGGCAUGUUCCCCAGAUGCAGCGAUACACACUGAUGGACCGCCUGGAUGAGCAGAGACAGGCCCCCUGGCAGAAUUCCCUGCCCAGUGUUCAGGCAGAGCUGGAAAGGGAUAGGCGGGUGGAGAUGUCUUCACAGCUUCAGCAUUCACAUCUGGAGCGCAAGGCAGAGCAGGAGUCAAUGCCUAUCCGAAGGGAAACCACACAACUGCAAAAUGAAGACAAAAAGGUAGAACAGCUCGUGAUGCAUGUGUCACGGGAAUCUAGCCAACUUUCCAACACUCUGAAGAAGGCAGCACCCCAUAUUCAGGCUGUGGAGGUUCUGCAGCACAAGGAAGACCACUCGGUUAAAGAGAACAAGCAAGACGAGAAUAGAAAAGGUGACAAAUCCAACCGUCAGGAUGUGCACAGACCUCAGAGGAAGGAAUCAAAAACUGAAACCCGAUGGGGACCACGGCCUGGCAGUAAAAACCGUGAUGAGAUGAGUGAUAAACCUGCUCGGAGAGCUGGCCCCAUUAAAAAACCAAUACUGAAGGACAUGAAGCGUGAAGACAGUGAGCAGGAAAUGGAGAAGGGCAAGCCUGCAUCGGGAGAGAAGACCCUUGUUAAGGGGAAGGACAAGCCACAGGAAUUCAAGCCCGAGGCUGAGCCUUCAAAGCAGGACUCUUCUUCAAGUUUGAAAGUGAGCCAGCCUGCCUCUUCUGUGUCUGUCUCCAAUAAGCCUUCGCAAGGCCCUCCUGUCUCAAAUGUGCAGGAUGACAGAGGGAAGGCAAAGCCUUCUGGGAAGGAUCAGAGGCCUGAGAAAGUCAAAACGUCCAAACCACCUCAAAAGGACUUGAACAAUGGCCCUCCAGCCUCUCGGCGGAAUAGAGACAGGGAUAAUUCAUUUGACCGUAGUUAUUCGGGACGAGGCCGGGGCAGAGGACGCGGAGAGUUCUUCUCGCGGGGAAGAGGUUAUCGAGGAGCCUACGGUGGCCGGGGAAGAGGAGGCAGAGGCCGCAGCAGGGAGUUCCGAGGCUGUAGGGAGCCCAUGUACCGAACGGAGGAGAGUGGCCCUAAGAGCUCUUUCAGGCCACGGAACCCCAGUGAGACGCGCAGUGAGGGCUCAGAAUAUGAGGAGAUUCCGAAACGCCGUCGCCAGAGGGGCUCAGAGACUGGCAGCGAGACUCAUGAGAGUGCCAGUGAUGUUGCUCACUCUGACAAAGAAGUCUCCUCCAGCUCCAAAGAGCCUCCCAAAGAGUUCCGAAAUCCGGAUCAAAGUCGUGCUGACAAGAAGAACAGAGCAGACCCCCCAAAGUUUGCAGACAAGAUGCCUCCCCGGCUAAGUGACUCUUCACGUGGCAGGAUCUUCACUCCACGUGGUGUGCCCUCUCGGCGAGGUCGAGGAGGUAUGCCCCGUGGUGGUGGCGGCGGUGGUGGCGGAGGUGGCCGCCCUCAGCAAGGAGGCUGGGGGCCUUCUUCAAAGGUAUCCCCUCCCAAGAAGCAGCCCUCAAAGGAGCAGGUCAAAGCCCCAGAAAUCAGGCCUCCUGAUGUUCCCCCAGGCAAAGAGUCAGAGAAAAACCUCUGUGAGAAGCCACUGUCGCAAGUUGGUGAGUCUACGGCGCCUGAGGGGCAGCCUCACCGGUCAGAGAGGCCCCUUGACAAACCACCGAGGAGGCGGCGUCAUGGGCGCUCACAGCAGCAGGACAAGCCACCACGGUUCCGCCGCCUGAAGCAGGAGCGGGAGGUGGCUGCCCGCAUGAAUGGCGAAAGAAACCUCUUCCCUGCUGAAGCCUUGCCGCCAAACCCACCUCCCAACCCGCAAACAGAGGAGAUCAAAGAGGUUGUGCGCAACGCUGCCGGCACCAAAUCCCCCGACUUAUCCAACCAGAACUCUGACCAAGCUAAUGAGGAAUGGGAGACUGCUUCUGAAAGCAGUGACUUCACGGAGAGGCGGGAUAAGGAUGGCAUGUUCGUGAAAAAUGCCCCUGGGGGCAUCAAGUCAAUUGAUUCCAACUCUGCCCAGAAGAAAGAAUCGUCCAAGCGUAGCUUCUCCAGCCAGAGACCUGGGAUGGACCGACAGAAUCGGCGCUCAAACCCAGGAGAUUCAAGUGGGAAAAGCAACCGAAAUAGUGCUGGAUCUGUGAGGAGUGAGAAGCGGAAUUGGCCUUCCCCAAAGAAUAGGAGGCCAGUGGAAGACCGGACAACUCUCACCGCAGCUCUUCCUCAGAAUGCAAGUGCAGUGUUCAGAGUGGAUAGGAUCAUUCCCAGCGACUCUGCUGCCAUCCAGAAAGCCAUUGCAGAAGUCAACAACCGUCACAAGGAUCGCAAAAUGGCACCUGGCAAAAUGAACGAGAAGAAUGACAUGCUGACACAAUUUGAUCUGAACAACUAUGCAAGUGUUGUGAUUAUUGAUGAUCACCCAGCAGUUUCUGCAGAUGAUGAGUCCAUAUCUCCUUUAAAUGACGGCUUUACCCGUGUCCUUUCAAAACGUCAGAAGAGAAUUCUGGAUGAUGAGCGUCGCAAAAAGGAAGAGCAUCUACUGCAGAAGGGUGUUAAAAUCUGUGCAGUGGAUAAUCUGCAUCCGUCGUUACCUGGCUUCCCCAAAAAGCAGUCUGAGAAGGUGACUCUUUGUAACAUGGAGUCUGAAGAGAGCUGCAAGGGUCAGACCAACACAGCUGAUCUGGGAACCCAGAUUUGGAAUACCACGCAUUCCGUUGGCUCCCUGACUCCUCCAGCAGCCUCCGGUCUGGAUACUUGGAUCAAACCUCUGAAUGUCUUUGCAGAGGCAGCCAGUGCUGAGGCCAGCCAGACUGACAGUGGGGUGGAUUUGAGCAGCGACUGUCAGGUCUCUUCAACCAGUUCCUCGCAGCGUAGUUCUCCAGCCAGCAACCUGAAAACCGACACUGGGGAGCGUGUUGGUCUUAUUAACCGUAUCGGUACAAAGGUGGUUGAGAUUCGAUCAGCAGAAAACCAGCUCCUAGAACCCAAAGAGCAGAGACAGAGACCUACUAGAACAGGAGCACUGAAAGAAAAUAAGUUUCAGGAGUCUGCCAGCGAGCUGAGUAAAGAACAUAAACCUGGACCAAUAGGAAAUGAACGUUCACUAAAAAAUAAAAAGGCAAGAGAAGUACAGCAGAAAGAGAGUCCCGAACCAGCUGCAAAGACUGUUGGCUUUUCAAUAAACAGCAGACCAAAAUCCAAACCGGAUCCUGACUUGCUACUGGAGACUGAAGUCACUGUACCGCCUAUCCAGUUUGGAGUGAGUGCAAAGGAUUCUGACUUCAGUCUGGCUGUGUCUACGAUUCAAAGAUCUACCAGUUCACCGCCCAGCAAAUUGCAGAAUGCUGCCAGCAAUGAUGUAUGUACUACCUGA